CACAACUGAGAUGCAGCAUGCUUUGACUGAGGAGAGCUGAGGAGAAAAAAAUCUUAACAGCCACCAUCAGGAUGAAGGGUUUUCAGGCUCUCACCAUGUGGCAAAAAAUACAAUUAUUCUACCUGGGGAUUCUGGAAAAUGGAGACAAGAGGACAGACAAUUGGCCGCUGGUCUACUCUCCUGUGCCAAUCAGCUGUAUCUUUCUGUGCUACCUGGUCAUUGUAUGGUUGGGGCCAAAGCUGAUGGAGAAAAGGCAGCCGAUCAACCUUAAACCCGUCCUGAUAGUUUACAACUUUGCCAUGGUCUGCCUGUCUGCAUACAUGUUCUAUGAGUUCACAGCCUCUUCCUGGUUGGCCAGAUACAGUUUGCUGUGCCAGCCAGUCGACUACAGUGACAGCCCACUGGCCAUGAGGAUGGCCAGAGUUUGCUGGUGGUUCUACUUCUCCAAAGUUAUAGAGCUCAGUGACACUAUAUUUUUCAUCCUGAGGAAGAAAAACAGUCAGCUGACCUUCCUCCACGUCUACCAUCACGCCACCAUGAUCUUCAACUGGUGGGCUGGGGUUAAAUAUGUGGCUGGUGGCCAGUCUUUCCUGAUUGGUCUGAUCAACUCCCUGGUCCAUGUAGUGAUGUAUCUUUACUACGGCCUGGCGGCUUUGGGACCAAGCAUGUCCAAAUACCUCUGGUGGAAGCGUUACCUCACCUCCCUGCAGCUGCUCCAGUUUUUCAUCGUAACCAUCCACACCACCUACAACCUGUUUGCCGACUGUGACUUCCCUGACUCCAUGAACAUGGUUGUGUGUGCCUACUCUUUCAGCCUCAUCGCUCUCUUCAGUAACUUCUACUACCAGAGCUACCUCACCAAGAAAAGGAGCAAGGAGACAUAGUGAGAGACAGAGAGGUGUAUAUGACAGAAAGAAGCUGAAAUGCAAUAAUCUGGAAAUAGGAAGGUUGUUUGUUUUGUUAAUGGCUUUGUGUUAAUGAUGUCAUGGUAAUUAUUUGAUUUCUUAUAUGUACAAAAUACAUUUACAUAUAUUGUAUAUAUGAAAACUACUUUUAUGUACUUUGCAUAUUUGUUCCCUGAACACACACAUAGAGAUUUUUACCGUACUCAUGAGGGCCUUCAUUUAACACAUUGAUUCAUUCCAUCUGUUCAUUCAUUCAGUACCAAACCACAAACUCAACUCAUAUUAACCCUUGUUUCAUCACUCCCUUCCCCCAGCUGCUAAUAGACGAGACUUUCUAAUCGC